GCGACGCGCGCAGGGUUGUACUACCUCGCGGAGAUGGUCGAAGAGUACACGCGGUUGACGAAGAAGGUGCUCGAUUGGUCGAUCAAGGCGUCGUACGGGUUUCACGCGCUGCUGUUCAUCGUCGAUCGCAUGCCGUUCUUCGCGUGCGCGGUGAGUUGUUUGGCGCAGUUCGCGUACUCGCGGAUGUUGAAGCGGUUUCCGUUCAUAGACUUUACGAGCGGAGAGUUUUUGGGUUCGCUCGCGGCGAUGGGCGCGACGCACUGGGUGUGGGUGCGACACUUUCACAGCACUUAUCACAGCACCGAGUACGUGCUCGGCUUUUUCUUCAUGAUCGUCUGGUUCGUGCCGUUUGGGUUCUUCAUUAGCAUCGCCGCGAACGAGAGCGUUUUGCCG